GGAGCAGGAUUAACCCCGGCCCUGCUGCGGGCGGCGGCUCGGGGAGCACGGCAUUAACGUGUUAACUCCCUCACACUCCGGAGCACAGCGAUUUCCCUCCCCCUCCCCCCAUUUUUCUCCUUCCUUUCCCCCAUAAUUAACCCAUUUUAACAGCGGAUCGCUGCCCGCUCUCAAGACCUCGCCGAGCGAUGCCGGCAGCGGUUUUUCCGGGCGGAUCUGCCUGAACGCCUGCCUUCGCUGCGAGCACAAAGGAGGCCCGUGGCUCGCAUCCUCCCGUCGCUGCCAUCCUCGCCAUCCUCCCCGCAGGCUCUGGCGGGGGAUCCCGGCGCCGCUGCGGAGCCGCUGCCAGCGCUCGGCGGGCUGCCAUGGGUGGGAGGUAGCGCUGCUGCGCCUGGGCGAGGGAAGGAAGGACGGACACCGAUGGAUGCUGCCGCUCCUUAGGGACGCGCGGCGAGGUCCGGGGCUCGGCCGUGCCUGCUCAGCACUCAGCGCUCGCAGGAUGCUGGCGGUGAUUUAAGAGCGGCGGCCGGGAGCCCGCAGCGAGGCAGAGCGGCCGCGGAGGGAUCGGAAUGAGGGAGCGGCGCCCCGGGAGCCCCUGACUGCAUGGAUGCUUCUGGCUGAGCAGCAGCGCCCGAGCCGCCCAGAGCGCGGAGUGAGCCCCGAGGCGCUCCGAGCCGCGAGUGCGCGUUCCGGGGCCGGCGGCAGCGGGGACACCCAGCGCGGCUCUCCCGGAGCCUCCAGCGCUCGGGGGGCGCCGGGCUUGCCGGGCUUGCCGGGCAGCUGCAGCCCGCGGGGGGCCGGGGGUCCGCCCGCCACCCGGACGGGGCGCCGCGGGCGCGAUGCAAGUGUCCAUCGCCUGCACGGACCACAACUUGAAGAGAAAUGGUGAAGACAGGCUCAUCAGCAAGCAGAACACCACGACCCCGAACGUAGUGAAUGCAGCCCGGGCGAAAUUCCGGACAGUGGCUAUUAUCGCUCGCAGUUUGGGGACGUUUACCCCGCAGCACCACAUUUCAUUAAAAGAAUCCACCGCAAAGCAAACGGGCAUGAAAUAUAGAAACCUUGGCAAGUCCGGGCUGAGAGUGUCGUGCCUGGGGUUGGGGACCUGGGUCACUUUUGGAGGUCAGAUCUCAGAUGAGGUGGCCGAGCAGCUGAUGACCAUCGCCUACGAGAGCGGCGUGAACCUCUUCGACACGGCCGAGGUGUACGCGGCGGGCAAGGCCGAGGUGAUCCUGGGCAACAUCCUGAAGAAGAAGGGCUGGAGGAGGUCCAGUUUGGUGAUAACCACAAAGCUGUACUGGGGUGGCAAGGCAGAGACAGAGCGAGGCCUUUCCAGGAAACACAUCAUUGAAGGGCUGAAGGCUUCUCUCCAGAGGCUGCAGCUGGAAUAUGUGGACGUGGUCUUUGCCAACCGGCCGGACAACAACACCCCCAUGGAAGAAAUCGUGCGGGCCAUGACACACGUGAUCAACCAGGGCAUGGCCAUGUACUGGGGCACGUCCCGCUGGAGCGCCAUGGAGAUCAUGGAAGCCUACUCCGUGGCCAGGCAGUUCAACAUGAUCCCCCCGGUGUGUGAGCAGGCCGAGUACCAUCUGUUCCAGAGGGAGAAGGUGGAGGUGCAGCUGCCAGAGCUGUACCACAAAAUCGGGGUGGGAGCAAUGACGUGGUCUCCCCUGGCCUGUGGGAUCAUCUCAGGGAAAUACGGCAACGGGGUCCCUGAAAGCUCAAGGGCUUCACUCAAGUGCUACCAGUGGCUGAAGGAGAAGAUCAUCAGCGAGGAGGGCAGGAAGCAGCAGGGGAAGCUGAAGGACCUGUCCCCCAUCGCCGAGCGCCUGGGCUGCACGCUGCCACAGCUGGCUGUUGCAUGGUGCCUGAGGAAUGAGGGGGUGAGCUCUGUGCUCCUGGGAUCCUCCAACCCCGAGCAGCUGAUCGAGAACCUCGGAGCCAUCCAGGUCCUUCCAAAGAUGACAUCCCAUAUUGUAAAUGAAAUAGAUAAUAUCCUGGGCAACAAGCCCUACAGCAAGAAGGACUACAGAUCCUAAUGCAAUGCAUGAAUUUCCUGGACUGCAUGGUUUAGAAGUGCUCUGUACUCCAGUACAGCCCUGAAUUACUCUCAUGAGAAUCAUUCAGCACUUGCUGCUCGGUGUCUACUGUCACUGGAUCCUUCGAGAUGUGUGCUCUUGCUACUACUCUGCAGUGAAUUUAAAAGCACAGUUGAUCUCUCUUCUAACCAGGAAUAACCUUGUAUUUUCUUACCUUCUUGACCGAGUUCAUUAAUUUUUACUUUACUCUUUGCACCUCAUGCUUGUGCUGUGACAAACACUUGUAAAGCAAAAAAAAAAAAAAAAAGAAAUAAUUUAUAACCUUCAGGUACUUGGUAAUUAAAGAAGGAUGUACAGAUCUAUUUUUUCAAUGAAGAAAAGCCAGAUACAACUUCAGGUUUUAAUAAAACCAUGUUUGGGAAAUCUCAACUAUAAAGUUUCUUCAGGUUAACAGAUGGAAGGGGCAAGCUCAAACUUUGCUUUUUUAUGCUGAAUAUAAGCUCUAGGGUUUCUUUGUAGUUGAAUAAAAGGCUGUGAGACAGAGAGCUAGUUAGCAAUUAGAUAGUUCAGCUCCUAAUGUUCCAGCUGUGGAGUGCUCCUGGAGCAGUGCUAGGAAGCCCAAACACGCAUGUCAGGUUACUGAGCACGACAGCUCUGCAAAGUUCUACUCUCCAUAAACCUUAAGCCAAGAAAGCCAUGAUUAAAUAUUGGGUUUUGCAUCUAUAGAAACCUGCCUCUACUUCUGCCUGCUUGUAGACAGAGCUACUGCAAAUUUCAAUAUUCAGGAGCUUUUAAGGAUCUAGAUACUAUAAAUAUUUACAAUAUAUAGCUGCUGAGAGCUGCAGGAACAAUCAGGUACGUACUCCAAAAGGCUACACCUGCUUCCACUUGCUUUGGAACCGGGGAUCAGUAAAUGCACAGACACAUUUUAAACAGAUUUUUGUGAGCAUUUACAGGAGUUGACAGGAAGAAUUUACGUCUGGAUUUGCCCAGCUCAAGCCCACAUUGUACCUUCCCAAGGAUUUGCUCUGUACCAUGCUCCUCUGAUUGCAGUCUGUAUUUCUCCCGUCCCUGCUGGGACCCAGCUCUGUACAGUAUUUGUAGGACCCCUGUACUCCCCCUGCUGCACUCACCUGGGCCAGGUGAGCAGCUUCCCCCACCCGAGUGCUCUCCUCCUGUAUUUGAAGCUGUGGUGUGUGUAAAUGACUCCUGCUGUACAUGAGAAAUGCAGUCUGACUGGAAUUCUGCUUGGACACAAUAAAAGCAUUUUGUGCAUCUA